AUGUCCGUUGUUUCUCUCCUUGGGGUUAAGAUCCAGAACAACCCCGCCCCUUUCCUUGCUCCCUAUCAAUUCGAAAUUACUUUCGAAUGUCUUGAACAGCUGCAAAAAGACUUGGAAUGGAAGCUCACUUACGUCGGUUCGGCGACAUCGUCCGAAUAUGACCAAGAACUUGACUCUCUUUUCGUCGGUCCCAUCCCCGUUGGCGUGAACAAGUUCAUUUUUGAAGCCGAAGCACCGGACCUUAAGCGGAUUCCUACAUCUGAAAUCCUUGGCGUCACCGUGAUUCUCCUCACCUGUAGCUAUGAUGGUAGAGAAUUCGUCCGUGUUGGUUACUAUGUGAACAAUGAAUACGACUCGGAGGAUCUCAGCGCAGAGCCUCCUGCAAAGCCAAUCAUUGAGCGGAUCCGCCGAAACAUCCUUGCGGAGAAGCCAAGAGUGACUAGAUUCGCAAUCAAAUGGGACUCGGAAGAAUCUGCACCAGCCGAAUAUCCCCCAGAUCAGCCAGAAGCUGAUAUUCUGGAAGAUGACAGUGGUGCCUAUGGUGCUGAAGAGGCGGAGCUUGAAGCCGCCCUAGUAAGAGAACUUGCGGAUGCAGAGAGGGAUGUGAAGGGUGAAGAUCAUGAGAUGGAGGGCGCCGAGCCCGCCAUCAAGGAAGAGGAGGAAGAAGACAUCUCCGAUGCUGAGAGUGAAGAUAUCGAGGAUGAAAGCGACGAUGAUGAGGAGGAUCUCGACGAAGAAGAGGCCGGCGAUGGCGAUGAGGAUGUUGAGAUGGGUGACGACUCUGAACAGAAAGAUGAUGGUCCCAAGGCUGAUUCUACAAAUCAACAUUCUCACCAGCCAGAGGUUAUGGUUCACUAG